AUGGAGGAGACGACCGCUGCUUCCCCGGCCCCGCUCGAGCGCUCAGUCUCUCAGCAAUCCGCGACGUCGACCAGGAGCCACCGCUCCAUCGCCGUGCGUUCCCGCAAGAGACUGACGUCGCAACCCUCGAGCUCGGCCUCGUCUAUCGCCGCCUCGGCCUCGGACAAGUCCCUCACCUCGUUUCCCUCAUUCUCGCCCGAAUCGCCCCGCGACGAGAGAGCUUUCCUCGAGAGCACCAAUGGCUCCGACUCGGCCCUCGCCCUGGCCUCGCGCGACCCCUCGGGCUCCAGCUCCGUCUCGGCCAUUGCUCAGGAGUUUCAAGAGCGCCAGCGGCCUGCCUCUAUCGUCGAUGACCUAACCACCACCGCCCCGCCCACGUCGCGGGGCGCCCUCUUCGAGGACGCGCCGCUGUCAACCCGCAAGAUCCCGGGCGCUCUGCACCACGCCCCCGACGAGCAUAUCGAGCGCCUGAUAGCCCGCCACGGUGUCGUCAACCUCGUGCGCCAGGUCGCUGAGGAUCUAGCAGAGCGGGAUACGCAAAUUUCCGCACUGCGGCGCCGGGCUGACGAGAGGGAGCGUGCGCUUCGCAAGAUCAUCCUGGAAUGCGGCCUAUCUAAUUUGGACUUGGAGACGAGACUGCGGGCUAUCGAGCAAGAGGCAAAGACAAAUGGGGCUGCGAGACGGAAAACGGGCGACGGCUUGUCGGACCUCAUGAACGACGCCAUGUCUGAUAAUGUACGAGACUCGUUCGGUAACGCCCUUAACGACGCGACCAUCCGAGCGAGUGGCGGCAUGUCUCUGCCCCCCGUCGCUCCGGAUGGCGACACAGCAAAAGGUACUAUGCGGGCCUGGAAAGAAUACCUGUGGGGUGGCACAACGCGGAAGCUCAGCCGGGCAAGUAGUAACGCCAGUGGUAGUGCAAUCCGGACACAGCCUGUUGUUAUAAGGGCUGGUCCUACAGCCGACCGGCGGCCAACCCUCGCAGAUGAUCUCUUCAGCCCGCCUGAAACAGACUCGGUCCGCAGCUCUAGCCGAGCGUCUAGCACUCACUCGGCACAUGCUGCGCGAAAACCGUCGCUGGCGAGCAUGGCUCUGCGGCUUGUUGCUGGGGGUGGGACAGUACGGGAGGGCGAACCGCGAGGGCGCGCCGACAGCCCGCUCCCUGGCGGCUCUCUCAGGACUUCAUCGGUAUCUAGUGCCCAGACGAGUGUGUCUACUCGCGCUGUCUCGGCUCAGGGCGGUCCAAAGGCACUGAUGGCAAUGCGCCGGGCCACGGGCGGCAUCGUCAGGCCUAUCGACGUCGCUCCUCGGAUGCAGCCUCAAGAGCGCUGGGACACGAUGGUGCCCAGCCCGGGGAAAAGGUCCAUGUCACGGCAGGAGAGCUACGGCCCCGUGGAAAUGGACAGAAUUCUCCCGGCCGAGGUCCAGCCCCCGACCUUGACGCACAUAUAUAACAACUAUAAUGGAGCCGAGUACCUCACGGACCGGUUUGGAUUCAUAUACGACCAGAGGAGGAAGAAGAGGCAGAGGGAAGCAGCCAAGAUGGCCCGCCAUGUUAAAAAGGGCAGCCGCACCGAGAUGCUCACCAAUGGCCGGGGCUCCCUGUCGCCUGUUUUGAUGGAGGGAAGUCCUGGCGGAAAAUGGGAAGUCAUCGGGGAUGGGCGGCCUGAUACUCCGUCUUCACUCGAAGAGCUCCGCGACGACGUCAAGCCAAAGCGAUGGCAAGACUAUCUCAAAAUUGCAACGUUUCCGACAGAAUUACUCUCUCAUACGCCCUCGAUUAGCGUACAGGGCUUUGAGGUGAUGGAAGGAUACGAGUCGCCCAAAUCACCCGGCCUCAUUAUAUCCGAGGAACGUGGGUUUCUCCCGUCUGCAACCACCACGGCGGCAAUUGCACCUAUCGACAACGACUCCCAGUCCACCUCUGAGAACGAGGAGUCUUCGGCAACGUUGGCCAAGGAUGAUGCUGAGCCUGUGAGGCUACUCCUCGAAAAUCUCAGCCAGCUGCACGAUACACUCCAGAGGGACAAGACCGUACGCUGGAAUGACUUUCUCCGAAAGGUCCGGGCUGAGAGAAAGCGAGACGGAGAAGCGGCUGUGGCUGCGGUGGCCAAUACCGCAGAGGCGCGUCUACUACGAGCGACGGCCAUGAUGCCAGAAACGAGGCUUGGCGACGGGGAGCUCAUUGGUGUUGCGAGCUUGGGCAUACAGGGCAAAGUUGGCCGCGUGAAGGCGAACGAGUUCAAGGCCCUGAUCCUCGCGGGGGUUCCCGUUGCGUACCGGGCCAAGAUCUGGUCCGAGUGCAGCGGAGCUCGGGCGCUUCGCAUCCCCGGCUACUAUGAGGAUAUCGUCAAUCGUCCCGAGGACCAGGACGACCCGCAGGUUGUCUUACAGAUCAAGGCAGACAUCACACGGACGCUGACGGACAAUAUCUUCUUCCGCAAAGGACCGGGGGUGGAGAAGCUCAACGAGGUGCUCUUGGCGUAUGCUCGGCGCAACCUCGAGAUCGGAUACUGCCAGGGCAUGAACCUGGUCGCAGCAAACCUGUUGCUCGUGACGCCCACAGCCGAGGAUGCCUUUUGGAUUCUUGUGUCCAUUGUCGAGCAGAUCCUUCCGCCAAGCUAUUUUGACCACAGUCUCUUGGCGUCGCGCGCUGACCAGCAGGUUCUGCGGCAGUACGUGGCCCAGGUGCUGCCCAAGCUCAGCCAGCACUUUGAGGAUCUCAGCAUCGACCUCGAGACCAUGACCUUCCAGUGGUUUUUAUCUGUAUUCACCGACUGUCUCUCGGCCGAAGCCCUGUUCCGCGUCUGGGACGUAGUGCUCUGCACCAACGACGGCAGCACGUUCCUGUUCCAGGUCGCGCUGGCCCUGCUCAAGCUCAACGAGCAGCAGCUACUCGCAUGCGACUCGCCCGCCAGCAUCUACACGUACAUCAACCACCAGAUGACCAACCACGCCAUCAGCAUCGACGGCCUGAUUCAAGCCUCAGAGGGACUGCGCCGUCUCGUUAAGAGGGAGGAGGUCGAGGCUCGCCGCGAGAAAGCCAUCGAGGGUGAGCGGGAGCAGGCCAGGCUGAGAGAGGAGCGGCUUGCCAACCGGCGUCUUAUGCACAAAGCCGCUUCCGCCCCGGCUGUCGUCAGCGAGGAAAAUGUCAUUACCUCUGCGAGCGCCAGCGAAAGCGGUGGCGACUUGCAGGACCCGCCGUCCCCGGUGUCCGUGCCCUUGCCCAUUGACGAGUUGUUGGCUGCGGGACUCGGCGGCGGUGGCGUGGUGGCAUAG